AAUCUGUACGGAAGUUCUCCAGAACCUCCCUCACCCCCGAGAAGUCCUCGCAUUCUCAGUGUCAGCGACACACAAGUCUAUUUGACCUGGCUCCCUCCAAGUGGUCCCACCGAUUCAGAAGGGGAAUUCACCUAUAAAGUGCGGGUUGUUCCGCUCCACACUACACGUGCAUUGACGAUGAAUACAACGCGGCCAACCGUAUUGCUUGCAGAUCUUCGACCUGAUUCACUGUACGAUAUUGAGGUCUAUACCAUCCGUCUUGUUGACGGCAUUCAGUCAGCCGAUUGCGCCUCACUCCAUAUCAGGACAAAACCCAAAGUCUAUCGUCCAAGUGCAGUAACACACCUCACCGCAGAAGCUGGCCAGUUCCAGACAUUAAACAUAUCGUGGCUUGCCCCACCUGCACGUUCACAUCCACUCGGCGUCACGGAAAAUGUCGCAUUCUACCUGAUAACACUGUUCAACCUGAAUCCAACGGAUAGCCAUUCGAAUGUGGCACCUGUUUCGACCAAAAAUCAACCAAUCCAAAUCACUGUCCCGGCAAAAUCUGACUCAGAAAAUUACUAUCAUUACAUGGUCAGAGGUUUGACGCCUGAUGCAUUUUAUCAAGUCUCUGUGCAAGCCGUGACCACAGGCAACGUUACUGGUCAUCCAGCUGUCAUCAGUUCUUCACCGCGAGUCAAUUCAAUGCCACCAUCGGAACCUCCUACUCAUGUCAAAGUAGUAUCCAUCGGUGCUCGCACUGCUACAGUACUUUGGAAACCUCCACCCUUGAGAGCUCAGAAUGGAGAAAUCAUACUGUAUCGAAUCAAUAUGUCCUGUGAUGACUGGCUUCGGCCCCGCCAAAUCAACGUUUUUGGAGAACAACGUCAGCUAAUUCGAGCAGUGCAUAUCCAAUGGCCGUGCCGGGGUUUGAACUCCGGACACCUGACAUGCGAGGCGAACGUGUUACCACUAUUCCACCAGCGCACGUUGGACGCAUCUGAAUUCUCACGUCUGAACGGG